AGCACGUGCGCUGAGCCGUUGCGAAUGAGCGGUUGUUUCAGUUGUGUUGAAUGUCUUGACAGCCGCUAAAGUAUAAGUCUGCGUAAACCGCUGCUAUUCUGUCCGUUUCUGUAUGUUUAUGCUGUCGUUAUUAACUGAUUUACAUUACACGGAACGUCCCGCAAAACUUAUCUUCGUGCCGCUUUGAGAUGGCCACAGACCGGGAUGAGGUGGAAACAAUCUUGAGCUCCAUCCUCGCAAGUGAGAAGGACGGUCUCACCUUGCGACGCCUUGACGAUGAGUACCGGGCAACUGUGGGAACGUGCGUACCAUUUGAGGAGUUUGGGCAUGAUACCUUGGCUGAGUUUUUGGAAAGUAUGCCCGAAGUGGUGUCCCUACAGAGGGGCUUCAACAAAGACAUUGUUGCACAUGCAGCCUACAAUGCUGUGACUGCCCAUGUGACGAAAAUGGUUGCAGAGCAGAAGUCAGGACCAGUGAGAGUACGCAAGCAGCAUGUACAAAGACCCUGUCACUGGAAUGUUCACCCUUACCGCAAGCGGCCGUGGUCUUCUAAAAACUCCACUGCCAGGGACACCUACAAAUUUGCAAGCCGCAGCAGUGGCCUGACUUCAGGACCGGCGUAUCCAGAGACUGCGGGCCAUUUUCAGACACAAGUAGAGUUCUCCACUCCCACAAGGAAGCCACUGGUGGAGCUUCCUGCCAAUGUUGAGCAGCUUGGCAGCUCACAGUAUUCAAACAGACGUGGAGCCAGUCAGAAACGCCGUGACAUGAAGUUCCCCACGACUGAAAGCUUCAUGUACGGCAAUGGUUGGUACACGGCCAACGCAAUGGCGUGGACAUCCUUCCUGAAAGCGGCUGGCAUAGUCCGCCAGAGGGCAGCCAUGUACGCCAGGCUGUUGAUGUUGCAUGGUGUGAAUCCAAGCAGCAUGUGGCUCCUCACAGGACAGGACAUAUUCCAGAUGGGCAUUGGUGAUUUCCGUGACAUCCACCUGAUUCAAGAACACGCUCAUCAGCUCCAUGCCAUGCACCGCUCUUCAGUGAUAGCUGACAAUUGGCUAGGAGGAGCAGCAUACCCUGGCGCAUUUAGCGAAGGCUCUGCAGAACAAGAUGGCGUUCGGACACUAGUGCACGUCCCAGUUCGCCACAACAGGCGAUGGGCCCGUGCCAAGGGCCACCAUGAACAUUCAGCGACCUUGGAGAACGAAUGCUGGUUAGAAGACGACCGACUGCACUUGACUCCACCGCUUAGGCGCACCCGGAUGCUAAAACUGAAGCACGGCUUUGUUCCCACUCCUCUGAACUUGAGGUCUGUUGUCGGCGGGUCUUCUAUCAAGUGGAGGCUUGGCUGGCGUAAUUGAGGAUAGCUCUCUCAUCUCAUGCCACUUGUGUAGUAGUGAUGCUCCAACUUGUACUCCAUGUUGUGCUGCUGAAACACACUGUACAGCAUUUUAACUGCACAACUUGCAUGAUCUGUACAGUGCCAAGCUUGGCUGCAAGUGCAAAGCUGGCACACGCUUUGCUUUGAAGUCUUUGGAGACCGUGACUUCCUGUACCUGAUUAAAGUUGGACAACCACAGCUUGUGCUCGUGUUCUAUCUUCAGCAGUUGCUUGUAACUGUGCUGUUCAUUCUGAAGUCAAACGUUAAACCUCUGCAGAUUACGUGUUGGAUGUCUUACGUCUUUUCUGUGUUUGAUUCUUCUCUGAUUUUUUAUUAUUGUUGCACUGUUUGUCAGUACUAACGUUGAUGUAAGCACCAGCAACUUUAGUGCUGACCAAAGUACAAUCACAAAAGUUCAAAUGGAGUGAGGACAUGCUGAACUGUGAAGAAACUGUUUGUGUGCCAUCCGCAAUUAUUGUAAAAUACCUCCUCUCUGCUAAUGCUGAAGUGUCUGGUUUUAUCUUCCUUUUUGUUUUUCAAACCCAAGAACGAUAGUUGUUUCAUAAUUAUUUGAAGACUGACAUUUCUGGGAGCUGUUUCAUUAACGUCACUCUAGGAAAAAGUAGCGAUCACCCUUUAACAGGUCUGGGAGAGUGAUGUUUACUCUGUUCAGCAUUGUAAUGUUAUGCAUGUACAUAACUCAUCCAAAUUUUUCCUGGGUACAGCAAGUUGCUGCUUAUCAUGCCUGGUGUAAACUGUGAUGGCUCCCAUUUGGCAUGUUAUGCAACUAGUCAUCAAAUUAUUUCCUUUGUCUUACAGUGUUGAUUAUUGUGUUAAUAUUUCUUAUUGCUUUAUGGAUUGGUGUGAGGUUACCAAUUGAAAAGGUCUGCCCAGACUUAGUGGCAAUUUCAAUACUAGUAAUAUGGUAAUCCACAAGCACAUUUUGUCCAUCCCAUCUCUUGGUGCAAUUUGUGGCUCACAAGCACACUGGCAAUUGAUAGUUUGGGAAAUUGUGUUGCUCCUGCCAAAUUUACAAACUUUUGCCUGUUUGUCUGUAGUAAACUUAUUGCAUUCUUGUGUUAA